AAAAAAUUCCCAGCGUGCAUCACGUGAUGCGGGUCAGCGUGGGCGCCAAGCUGCAUGCUCAUAGGACUUCCGGUUCCGUUUUGACGUCGGAUCUCCGAUAGCCCCGGAUAGUGAAAUCUCACCGAGAGAAGGGAGAUUGGGGAUUGCGCGGUUGAUAGAAAAUCGGUGCGCUUACUCUUUCCAGAAAACAUGGCGCUUUCUAAGAGAGAACUGGAUGACUUGAAGCCAUGGGUAGAGAAAACUGUGAAAGGAGUCCUGGGCUUCUCUGAGCCUACAGUGGUCACUGCCGCUCUGAACUGUGUCGGGAAAGGAAUGGACAAGAAGAAGACGGUUGAUCAUCUGAAACCAUUUUUAGACGACUCCACGUACCGUUUUGUGGAUAAGUUGUUUGAUGCAGUAAAGGAAGGCCGUAGCUCAAGGCAUUCGAGAUCUAGCAGUGACAGAGGCAGAAAACGGGAGUUGAAAGAGGUGUUUGGUGACGAGCCAGACCUUUCCAAGGAUUCCUCCAAUUCCAAGAAAAAGCGAAUACCGCGUUUUUCAGAAGUAGAGGAGGAGCCAGAAGUGAUACCAGGCCCUCCCUCAGAAAGCCCAGGAAUGCUGACUAAGAUACAGAUUAAACAAAUGAUGGAAUCAGCAACACGGCAGAUUGAAGAGAGGAAAAAACAACUGAGCUUUGUCAGCCCCCCACCAGUGAAAGUCUCAUCAGGGCAGUCGGAGCGUUCCAGCAUAGGGAACACCAUACAGCCUUCCCAGGCAGCUACCUUUAUGAACGAUGCCAUAGAGAAGGCCAGGAAAGCUGCCGAGCUGCAGGCCAGAAUCCAGGCUCAACUUUCUUUAAAACCAGGACUCGUAGGAAAUACAAACAUGGUUGGGCUGGCUAACCUUCAUGCCAUGGGAAUUGCACCUCCUAAAGUGGAGUUAAAGGACCAGUCCAAGCCCACACCAUUAAUUUUAGAUGACCAAGGCCGCACUGUUGAUGCAAUGGGAAAGGAGAUUGAGCUGACCCACCGCAUGCCCACGUUGAAAGCGAACAUUCGGGCUGUGAAAAGGGAGCAGUUCAAACUGCAGCUGAAGGAAAAACCUUCAGACGACUUGGAGGCAAAUACAUUUUUUGACUCCAGAGUUUCCAUUGCCUCUUCUCAGCGCCAGAGAAGGUUGUUUAAAUUCCAUGAAAAGGGCAAGUUUGAGAAGAUUGCCCAACGACUUCGGACAAAGUCACAACUUGAGAAACUGCAAUCUGAAAUUGCCCAAGCUGCAAAGAAAACCGGUAUCCAGACAUCAACAAGGCUUGCCAUGAUUGCCCCCAAAAAGGAGCUGCGAGAAGGCGAGAUCCCUGAAAUAGAGUGGUGGGACUCUUUCAUCAUCCCCAACGGCACAGAACUGACGGAAGAGGUUUUAUUAAAAAGAGAGGAUUUUCACGGCAUCACAAACCUUGUGGAGCACCCAGCACAACUCAGCCCCCCAGUUGACAAAGAUGCUCCAGUGACGCUAGGAAUUUACCUAACGAAAAAGGAACAGAAAAAGUUGCGCCGACAGACUAGGAGAGAAGGACAGAAAGAGUUACAAGAAAAGGUGCGCCUGGGUCUUAUGCCCCCGCCAGAACCCAAGGUGAGAAUAUCAAAUCUAAUGCGAGUUUUGGGAACCGAAGCAAUCCAGGAUCCCACGAAAGUAGAGGCACAUGUCCGAGCGCAGAUGGCAAAGCGCCAGAAGGCCCAUGAAGAGGCAAACGCAGCUAGAAAACUCACAGCAGAACAGAGGAAAGAGAAGAAAGUAAAGAAGCUCAAGGAAGAUAUUUCCCAAGGAAUUCAUGUUUCUGUAUAUAGUAUCAGAAAUCUGAGCAACCCAUCCAAAAAGUUCAAGAUCGAAGCCAACGCAAAUCAGCUGUAUCUUACAGGAGUGGUGGUUUUACAUAAAGAUGUCAAUGUGGUGGUCGUGGAAGGCGGUCCCAAAUCACAGAAGAAAUUCAAACGGUUAAUGCUUAGUAGAAUAAAAUGGGAUGAGCAGACAACAAACAGUAAGGGAAAAGAUAAUGAUGAAUCUGAUGAAGAAUCCGUACCUAAGGCAAACAGGUGCACAUUAGUGUGGGAGGGUACAACUAAGGAACGCAGCUUCGGAGACAUGAAGUUCAAACAGUGCCCCACAGAGAAUAUGGCUCGGGAACAUUUUAAGAAACUUGGAGCGGAGCAUUACUGGGACCUGGCGCUAAGUCAGUCUGUUUUGGAAACUGCAGACUGAAAGCGAGUCUUGCUUUACUACACUGCUGCAAUUCUCCAUUUAGAAGUAAAAACGGACUCGGACUAUGAGCACCGUAACAACUUGCAGUGCUCGCAACCAAAUCUAACUUGAAACUCUUUCUUGCUCAAGCAAAAUUUUCUCCUUCUCUUCCACCUUACUCUAAUGCUGGGUCAUCUCAAAACACUGCUGCGGAACAGUUAAACCAUAACAAUCUGCUCCUGACCGGCCUUUGUCCACUGAUUGUAACAAAAAAUGACAGUCACUCUGCAGCCUUUACCCUCCCCCUCUCUUUUUUUUUCCCCCUUUUCACAUAAAAAAAAAAGGCUUUAUGUUUCACCUUUGAAGAAAUGUCCUCCAGAAUGAUUUUAUUUUGGUAAAGCAAAGCCUUGUUUA